AUGGGGGUUCGGAAAGCCACCGGCCUGUUCCUGCUUUUACUGACGACCUUGUGCCUGGCCCCGUGUAUCCGCUCCCAGGAUCAACGCUUCAAGAUGUUCCUGAAGCAGCAUUAUGACAGCCCCCGGACCGAUGCCAGGAGGGAUUACUGUGGGUUCAUGAUGCAGCAAAGGGGCAUGAUCAAGCCUUGCAAGACUCUCAACACCUUCAUCCAUGCUUCCCAAAAGCAGAUCCUGGCGGUGUGUAGGGAGGGGGGUACCAUCUAUCACGGCACGCACCAGAGUCAUACGCCUCUGGCCAUCACUACCUGCAAGCUGAAGAACCUGGUGACAGGGGGGUGCAAGUAUGAGAGCCAUGCAGCCUUUAAAUACAUCAGCAUUGUCUGUGACCAAGCUGGGUGGCCAGUGCACUUCAAUGAGGGUGUGUGA